ACGAACCAUAUCCAAAAGGCUAAAGAAGUGUAAUUCAUAAAACCACCAAGAAGAGGCCCGGAGGAGGUUGUAGAAGUGGUAAAAGGGGAGAAUCCAAACAUGCCCAGAGGCUUCAGCUGCUUGGCGAGCCCUGAGGGGGCAAAUGUCAGGUAUGAGACCCCCCCGGCUUCAGAGCUCCAGAGGCUGAUGUGGACAAAGAAAGGGACCAGCAGCCAUAUGGAUGAGGUUCAACCCAGGAUCUAUAUUGGAGACAUGUAUGCAGCCAAAGACAAGAGGACACUCCAGGCUCACCACAUCACCCAUGUACUUAAUGCUGCUGAUGGGAAGUUCAACGUGAACACAGGCCCCAGCUUCUACAGAGACACCAAAAUCACUUAUCACGGAGUGGAAGCUUUUGACAUGCCCUCCUUUAACUUGAGUCCCUUCUUUUACCCAGCGGCCAAUUUUAUCAAGGAUGCUUUGAGCUCGCCCACAGGUAAAGUGUUUGUCCACUGUGCGAUGGGUCUCAGCCGCUCAUCCACCUUGGUUCUGGCCUACCUGAUGAUCCACGAGAACAUGACGCUGGAGGAUGCGAUCAAAGCUGUCAGUGCCAACAGGAACAUCUCCCCUAACUCUGGUUUCCUGGAGCAGCUCCGAGAGCUGGACAAGGAGCUGCACUGCCAAGGAUCAUCAAGGAGCUGGAGUGUCAACGGGCGGACAUGAGAUAAAAUCCAUCAAUCCAAAAAUUUGGAUUACAUUGUUGCCUCCUGUCAGUAUCUUAGUUUGAACUAAAAUUAAGAUAUUAAUGUAAAAACAUGCAAUAUAAAUUCCAUUUUUUGUGAAAAAAUACAGUGACUUAUAUUACUACCAUUAAAAGCUUUUUAUUGUAACAAAUAUCAUUUAGAAAUCAAAACCAACAAGGAAUUUAUACUAAAAAAGAGUAUUUUCUGUGUAGAUGCUGCUCCAUUAUUUUCCAACUACUAAAAACAACAAAUAAAGAGCCAUGAAGUUGUA